ACGAUUGCGCACGCGCCCCUCUGCCCGCUUUGGGCACGAGGCCUAGCUGGGGGUAGCUACGCUGCCCGAAGUGACCCUUGGCGUCCCCCGCCAGUCGCUUUCGUGUUUCUGCAUUUUAGGUUUCAGGGUUGAUAUUUACUUAAUCGCAGGCUUGACUUAAAUUGCUUUUUAAAGUUGUAUUGCAAAUCGAUAAUGUGCCAGCGCUUCUUUACUGUCUGGGUUCCGUAAGUGAUGGAUAUUGAGUUUGGGCAGAUGUCCCCCUUCUGAGCCAUAUUUUAUUUCCAUAUAAGUAUAAUUAAACCAAUCUUUUUUUACAGCUGCAGUAAUGUGCUCACGUAACAAUAAGAUAAGCUAGCCAUAUACCUGAUUCCCGGAAGCAGAAAAAAAUUUAGGGUGUUUUCUGCUUUAGUUGACUCAAGAGCCAGUAACUCGUCUCAUCUGGUUCCUGUCUCACCUUAGGGAACAAGACUGGCAGAAUUGUCGAAAAAAACGUCAUGUGGAUAUGUAGCAUGUGCUCCAAGAAGGACUCUGGAGUCACUUACUAGGAGUCUUAUCUCCCUCCCUCUUCCCUGCUCCCAUCAUCAUGGCAGUUCGUCUGAUGAAGCAGUGCACCUGCCUGCUUAGAGAAGCUACCCGCCUAGUUCCUACCGUUGCUCCAGUUGCCCGACUAAGACUUGCUGGAGUGGCCUGUAAGACUUUGAAUUCCUCUGCCAGUUCCCCCUCGACAGGUUCCUUGACGGAAUUGUUGGGAAAGGAGCAGGUGUUCACUCCCUACCCAGAGCACCAAGAGGUGAACUACCUCAUUGAGAAAGCCACCAGGCCAGAGGAGCUGCUGGAACUGCUCGGUGGUGAUCAUAGCCUGCACCACAAUCAUGCGGCCCUCAUACUCAUCCGGCUGUCAUACCUGCUGUCUGAGAAGCCAAAGGAAAAGGCCUUGCUUGUAGAGGAUGCUCGCUUUCAGCAGCUUGUCAGGCUAGUUGACAGUCAGAUAACUUCUGUCUGGCAUGGGACCCUUGUGAAGCUGCUGCGAAGCCUCUACACACUGGGGCUUCCUCGGAUCUCCAAGGAGCUGCAGUCAGUGGAACAGGAAGUGCGCUGGCGUCUGCGGAGGCUCAAGUACAAGCACUUAGUCUUCCUGGUUGAGUCCUGUGCCUCCUUCAUGAAGAGGCAGCAUUCCCAGGAGCUGCUGGCUGAGCUGCUGAUGCACCUGGAGAGGCGCUGGACAGAGAUCAAUGACAGCCGUACAUUGGUGACCAUGAUGACAAUGGCAGGGCACCUCUCAGAGUCACUGAUGAACCACCUGGAAGACAAGGGGCUGCACUGGAUGGGACCCCUGCCCCCAGCUCAUCCCAACCACCUCAGCUGAUCCCUGCGCGGCUGUGGUUGACAGUGCCUGGAGCUGGUGGAGCAGUUUGGCCCUGAUGAGCUGCGGAAGGUGCUAGUGACGCUGGCAGCACAGAGCCGGCGGUCGGUGCCCUUGCUGCGGGCCAUCUCCUACCACCUGGUACAGAAGCCCUUCCCGAUGACAAAAGGCAUGCUCCUGGACCUGGCCUACGCCUAUGGUAAGCUCAGUUUCCACCAAACCCAAGUGUCCCAGCGCCUAGCUGCUGACCUCCUACCCUUCAUUCCCAGCAUGACACCUGGAGAAGUGGCCCGCUGCGCCAAGUCCUUUGCCUUCCUCAAGUGGCUCAACCUGCCUUUGUUUGAAGCCUUUACGCAGCACCUCCUGAGCAGAGUGGAGGAUGUCUCCCUGUCCCAUCUGUGCAGCAUUCUUCUUGCCUUUGCCCGGCUGAACUUCCACCCUGAACAAGAGGAUCAGUUCUUCAGCUUGGUGCAUGAGAAGCUGGACUCCAUGCUGGGGAGCCUGGAGCCAGCCCUGCAGGUGGACCUGGUGUGGGCACUGUGUGUGCUGCAGCAAGUGCAAGAAGCAGAGCUACAAACAGUUCUCCAUCCUGGACUCUACACACGAUUUCUAGAGAACAAGUCUCCAAAGGACCAGAGUACCUUCCAGAAAUUGGUCCAUAUCAACACUACUGCCCUGCUGGAGUACCCUGAAUAUAAAGGCCCUUUCCUGCCAGCCUCAGCUGUUGCCCCCAGUCCCUCACCCUCUAACAAGAAGAUGACACCCCUACAGAAGGAGCUGCAGGAGACACUGAAGACACUGCUGGGGAACACUGACAAGGGCAGCCUGGAGGUGGCCACACAGUAUGGCUGGGUGCUGGAUGGAGAGGUGCUCCUGGAUGCUGAUGGCCACUUUCUGCCCCUAAGAGAUUUUGUUGCUCCUCACCUUGCCCAGCCAGUUGGGAACCAGCCACUACCCCCAGGAGCUAAAAGGAUCGCUUUUCUACGCUGGGAGUUCCCCAACUUCAACAGCCGAAGCAAGGACUUGUUGGGCCGUUUUGUCCUGGCCCGUCGACAUGUGCUGGCUGCAGGCUUCCUGGUGGUAGAUGUCCCAUAUUAUGAAUGGUUGGAUCUGAAGUCUGAAUGGCAGAAAAGCGCCUACCUCAAGGACAAGAUGCGGAAAACAGUGGCCGAGGAGCUAGCCAAAUGACCUUUCCCAUCAGUUCAGACUCCAUUCCAAAGACCUGACUGCUCCAGUACCCAGCAGUGAGUGCUGGGCAGGCCAGAGUUGUCACCCAGCACCAGAGAAAUGAACUGUCCCUGUAGGACCCUGGCCAGAGUCGGAAGUGCUCAGCACCUCCAAACGACAGGUGGUCCUAAUAAAUCCUUUUGUUUUGGUGGA